AUGUAUCCACAUUUCUGUAAAGUUGAAACCCGCGAUCAUCACGUUCCCACGAUGCCACCGGAUUUUGAGAAGAGUUUCGCCGUACAAGAAGCACACCAUGCAGAAGGAUUCUACUUCGAUACCUGCGCAACUACCAAUCAUUUGGAAAGAGUUGGCAGCAUUUUCAACAGUUUUUAUGGUUCGAAUUCUGGAAAUUAUUCCUCCGAAGAACGAGAUCUUUUCGCAAACUAUUGGAUUAAAAGUUGCACCUCAUCGCCGGCUCAGGAUUAUUCGAAACUAUCGUACGGUUACAAUCAAAAUGUUUCGUUUUCACAUGAUCGCCAUUUUUCGGAAGCAAGUGGCUGUGCACAAUAUUUAAGUGAUUCUCAGUGCAAGUUACCACAAAACAUAAAUAGGUUUUCGGAGUGUAGUUUUACUGUGAAUAAUCUACAACAGGAGACACCUGUACCGUCAAGUGGAAUUAACUUUGAUCAAUUGGAGAAUGCCCUAAGCUCGGGUUCCAGAAGCGUUUACACUACUAGUGAAACUUGUGAUAAUUAUUGCAGUGAUUUGAAUAAAAACUCCGAACCAAAUACGUCCUAUGUUAGUAAUCAGAAUGUGGCCUGUAAAAUUUCACCUCUAAAUUGCUCGGAUAUUUCUUCACCAACAGCGCAAUCGACAAAUUCCAGUUCCAACAUUGAAGAUGAAGAAACUAUCAGUCCACAUCCUUAUCGGAACACAUCGAACGAAGACUGCAUAUUGGAAGAAGUACCAGUUGGCGACCAUCAGAAAGCCAGUAAAACAUCAAACGUGAAUAACAGAAAAGAACGAACCGCAUUUACCAAAGCACAAGUCAAGGCACUGGAGGCUGAAUUUUCACACUCGAACUACCUGACUCGACUCAGACGGUACGAAAUAGCCGUGGCGCUGUAUCUCAGCGAGCGACAGGUGAAGGUUUGGUUCCAAAAUCGUCGCAUGAAGUGGAAACGGAUCAAAACAGCAAAUUCGGAUAAAUCAAAAGAAGUGCCUUCCGAUUAG